AUGCCGUCGUCUAUCAAACAUUCUCCCUUGGAUAUCAUCAUCGUAGGAGCAGGCAUUGCCGGGUUCGCAGCAGCCAUCUCAUGUCGGCGCGCCGGCCACCACGUCGAAAUCUACGAGCGCUCAGCACUCAACAAUGAACUCGGAGCUGCCAUUCACGUCUGCCCCAAUGCUUCCCGCGGCCUCUUGGCAUGGGGACUGGAUCCCGUGCAGGCACAAUUUGUGACCUGCAAGAGGAGCUAUAGAGCCCAUGGCUCGACGCUGGUCAGGUUUCACGAGGGUGAUGACACCUACGUCACGGAGAAGUUUGGUGCGCCCUGGUUCUUCGCACAUCGCGUGGAUUUGCAUGAGGAGUUGAAGCGCUUGGCCACACGGCAGGAUGGGGAGGGCAGGCCUGCGGUGGUGCAUCUCAAAUCCGAAGUGACUCGAUAUGAUACUGCAGCGGGCUCGGUCUCCCUAUCGAGCGGCGAGACGGUAUUCGGUGAUCUAGUCAUCGCGGCUGAUGGGGUACAUACUGGUUCAGUCGAGGCGAUACUAGGAUCUCCCAACCCGGCCUUACCCACGACAGAUUACAACUUUGCGUACCGAUUCUUGAUUCCGACUGAGGAACUUGCUGCGGAUCCGGAGACAGUCCAGUUCACGGAAGAUGACGACGGCAGGGUCAAGUUUUUCGUCGGCGAAGGUAGACGCUUAGUCUGGUACCCAUGCCGGGACAACAAGGUCCACAACUUCGUUGCAAUAUUUCAUAGUGACGAACAAGUCUACCGUGAAGACUGGCAGACCCACGUCGAGACUUCAGCUCUGCUUGAGACAUAUUCCGCGUUCCAUCCAUCUCUCCUAGCCGUGCUGAAAAAGGCCAAAGACGUAAAGCAAUGGCCACUCCUCUUCAGAGCACCCAUCUCAUCAUGGCACAAAGAAAAACUCGUCGCCAUAGGUGAUGCUGCGCACCCCAUGCUGCCUCACCAAGGCCAAGGCGGCGCCCAAGCGAUCGAGGAUGCCGUCGCUCUAGGCAUCGCACUAAGCGGAUGCACACCCGCAAACCUCGACCGCCGCCUCAAGGUGUUCGAAAGUGUGCGCAUGAACCGAGCAAGCGUGAUGCAGAUAUUCUCUAUUCGCAGCAGGGGGAAAAUGCUGACCUCCAAUGCCGACGCUGGCCAAGACGAGCCCGAGAAAAUCAGGACGGACGCCGCGAAGUUCAUGCCGGCUGAGACGGUGCCGAAAACGCCAGAGGAGUUUUUCGCGUACAACUUUGGAUACGACGUUGUGAGAGAUAGUGUGCAGGCGAUGCAGCGGGAAGAUGCGAGCUGGGAGCUGCCCGCGAAUUUCUUUGAGCGGACCCCCGUGGCUGGAGUGUAUCCUUCGCUGGAGCGAGAGGUUGACGUCGACGGUGACAGUAUUGCAAAGUCUCGCUUGCUGGACUCGGGCAAUGGAGGAAGGCACUUGGUUACCUAUGCUGCUGACGUCUACCACUCGGUGGUCCGACAAGUCUGGCGAAUCUUGAAGUCGGCGCAAUAUCUCGCUUAA